GCCUAUUUAAACCCCAUGUCACCAAAAGGCACUCAGUUUCACACCGAGGAGAACCUGCACACAUUUUUUAUGAAACAAACUGCGCAGCACUUGAAGGCAACUCGGAGGGAAGACCUGGACAACUUUUUGUUGCUUUUUUUUCCUUCUGGGAUUUAAAAGUGAAUUGACCUGGUGGGACCAGGAGCCAACCUUGGUCCAGAGAUGCAGUCCCUUCUCCCUCUCACUGUCUACUGCGUCAGCCUUGUCUGCUUCCAGCGGCUGCUGGCAGAGGACAGCUUGGACAAUCUCAACAAGCUGGCUGACCUGAAAGAGAACCCCUCGUUGCCCUCUGGAGGCCAAACAAACACCGCCGCCCACUCUUCGGUGCCCACUCCAUCCCCAAAAUGGAACCAUCUACUCACCUCCAACGUGAGAAGAGCCAAUCCCAGCCUGGCGUGGGCGCAACCAGACGAGCGUUUGGAGGUUAAGUGGGGAAAGGGGUCCAGGGCUCGUCGUCAUGCCCACCCGGGUUCCCGGGGGGCCCACCACUACCCCCAUCAUGCCCAGUUGAUGAGAGUUGGUUGUGUCCUUGGAACCUGUCAAGUGCAGAACCUCAGCCACAGGCUUUAUCAGCUUAUCGGACAGAGCGGCAGAGAAGACUCGUCCCCCAUUAAUCCGAGGAGUCCACAUAGUUACGGAUGAGUGACCCCCUCACCCCAAAGGAAAUCAAUAUUUUCGGGUAUUUAUCUCUUAAUGUAUUAGUUUGGUGGCUGUAUCCCAUAGUGACAAUUACAGUAUACUUCACAUGAAUGACUGCUGUGCCUCUCUGCUUUUUCUGCAAACUAUAUCAGGUUAAGUUCAUUUCGACUUCGGACCACUUUAAGUUGACCCACCGCCCUGAGAAUUUUUGCCUUUUUGGGGGACAAGUCAAGCGCCUUAGUUGGACAGGAUCCUAAUCGUGUUAAUGCAAGAAUGAAGGCUUAUCUACAACACUGACCUUGCCGCUGGUUGUUAUCCGGCGCUUUGCUGAUCAAAAACUGGUUCCAGAGUCAUGUCAGAUCAUAUUUAUGCUCAUUGAUUGUCCAGCACAUACCUGUCCUUUGCAACAACCGGCUCACUUACAGAAUCUGUGGAGAAAAUUCUUGAAAUUCAAUCGGGAACACUUUUCAGUCAUAUAUCGCCAUGGAUAGUUGGUAGACUUACAGGUUUUCUCUUCAGAUGUGUAGCGAAGCCUGCAUCAGGGAGUAAGAGUGGCUCUUCUCCCAUAAGUGGACCGAGACCUAAAGACUGCUCAUUUUAAAGAGGCACUUAAAACAGGCACUUAUUUUGUUAGUUUGUAAGUGGAAAAACAACAAAAAUUAGGAAAGAAAAUCCCAUGCUUGGUGUUAUAUUUGAAAUUUAGCAGUCAAUUCUAUUCCACUUCCACCUCCGAGGUUCUCAACAAUUUUGACCCAGGACCCAGCAUCACCCAUUCAAUGCAAUGGUUGCAAUGGUGAAAAUACUUUCUGACAAAACAUGACAAAUGAUAUUGUAUCGUCAGUAGUCAAUAUGCAGUAUGAACUCCCAAGUUCUAUUAUUGCUGCUGAUGCAAACGUCACAAUGGAGCAACGGAUCAGCUCUCUGUGGCUCCGCUGUAGACAUUUCCACUUGCCCUGUUGGCACAUAUCAAAUAUUAGUCCUUUCACGUGAUUCAUAAGUUCUGCCUGCGAGUCAGGACUUUGGGCUUGACAGCAGUUUUUAUUCAAGCUGACCUAAUCUUUGCAGUCAUAUGCGGCACCACAGCAGGGGUGGAGAAGGGGCCCUGGAGCCUUCCACAGUCUGUACACUCAAACCACACACGUCCACAAUAUAUAUUACAAAUUAUAAUUACAAAAUCAUUAAACCCUGGCAGAAUUUAGUGAUAUUUAUUUAUAUUUAUUGCUUGAAUAAAACACACAAAUGUAUGUUGGAAGAGUAAACCAGAAUUAGAAUGACAAUAUUACAAGAAUAAAACUGUUAUGCUACCGGAAUAAAGUCGCUACCAGAAAAAAAAAAGAUGUCAGGCUACGAAAAUGAAACGUUGUCAUGUUACGAGGAUAACGUGGUAUUACGAAUAUAAAGUUGCACUGUUGUCAUAUUACGACUGUAAAGUUUCACAAACAAAAUGAAGUUGUCAUGUUACAAAUGUACAUUUGCAAGCCUACUGAAAAAAGUCGCAAUGUUACACGAAAAAACUCAUAAUGUUGAAGAAUAUUGUUACCACAGUAAUGCCGUCAAGAUACAAAAAAAUAGUCAUGUUAGGAGUUUAUAGAAUUACAAUCUUUAAUAUUAAGAGUAAAAUCUUUGCGAGAAGUCGUAAUAAAUAUGUUGCUAAAAAAAAAUUACAAUUUGUGACAAUGCGAUAUUUGUGACAAUUUCAGGUUUGGCUUACUUUUUCUUCUGAAAAAAUAAUCUUAAUUUAUGAGACUAAAGUUGUAAAGUUCUGAGAAUAAAUCGUGGUUAUUAUAACCAAGAAAACAUACAAGAAAGUCAUUUCUCGUUUCUUUUCAUAAAUUCUAACAAACAAAUAAGCGUACCGCUAGAUAGAGCCCACGUACCAAUAGUGGUACUGGAACCACAGUAUGGUAAACAAUAAACCAAAUAUUAGGACUUUUUACUCAUAUUCCGAAUUUAUUAUCAUCCUAUGACGUAACAUUUUUCUUGUAACUCUUAAGAUACAGCACUUCUUCUUGUAGCAUUACAACUUAAUUUUUUUGCUACUUCUUAGCAUGGCCCUAAGAGUCCUUUGUGUCUGGGGUACCUAGAGGUCACAACUGGUUCAUUAGUUAUAAUCUGUUCAAAGGCUUGCUGAGGUGAAACACGCCGUUCUGUCUGCUGCAAUCGAGCUAAUCAAUGUCUCGUGAUAGAUGGUUAUUAGAAGGCUUUUCAAAUGCUGAAUGAACCUCGGCGCUUCUGUAAAAAGAAAAAAAAAGGUUACCUCCACACACACACACACACACACACACGGUGUGUUUUUGUGUUAUCACUUCUUAUCUCCUCAAUGUUUGAUUUGUGCUCUGGAUCUUCGAUGCUAUUUUGUGCAGCACGCUUUUAGUGACGUCAAAGACUCCGCGAAUACCUCCCACAUAGGAAAACACUGACUCUCAAUUGCAAAUAGCCAAACAUGAUGUGAAACAUUUCUUGACAUUCCCAUUCCUGUGUUUGCGUGUGAACGCUCUAUCACAAACUGUGUCCUUUUGUGAACGUUACACUCGAAGAUUUCAAUAUAAAGAUGCCAGUGCACUCCAUAUGGCAUUAAGAUGACUGUGAAUGACGUGUGUAAAUAGAGAUAUUUAGCCAAACUAUUUAAAUAAAGUGUCUUGCGUUGGAGUUGUAUUUAUGUUACAUGCUUAUGACACAUGUGUGUCACCAAAGACUAUUUAUGUAAUAUUUUUCACUUGACACAGUGGUAGAAAAACAAAAUAAAAGAAUUUUGAAUGUC